CCCAUCAGCAUGGAGUCUCCACGUUAUCUGGUCCACUUCUACCGGGAGUACCACAACAAUGAUAUCAUUUUGUUGCACUACAACUAUACAGGCAAGCUCCAUGCCAGCAAGUACAAGGGCAGCCUCAAGGCCGAUGCCAUUGCCUUCCUGGUUGUGUGUGCCUUCAUUGUGAUGGAAAAUCUAGUGGUCCUGCUGGCCAUCUGGAGGAACAAGAAGUUCCACUUACCUAUGUACUACCUGAUUGGGAAUCUGACACUGUCAGACUUGCUGGCUGGAGUGGCCUAUAUCGCCAAUAUCAUCAUGUCUGGGCCCAACACCCUCAAGCUUACCCCUGUCCAGUGGUUCCUGCGAGAAGGUGGGGUGUUUGUCACACUUGCUGCGUCUGUGCUCAGCCUGCUUGCAAUUGCCAUUGAGCGGCACAUAACUAUGAUCCGCAUGAGGCUCUACCAUGGAGACAAGAAAGGGCGAAUGUUCUUGCUAAUAGGUGCGAGCUGGCUGGCCUCCAUCUUGCUCGGGGUGCUUCCAGUUCUGGGUUGGAACUGUAUGGAGAACCUUCCUAAGUGUUCCACAGUGUUGCCGCUCUAUUCCAAGCAUUAUCUCCUUUUCUGCAUCACAGUUUUUCUGGCUAUCCUGCUCUCCAUUGUGGUGCUCUAUGCCCGCAUCUAUCGCAUGGUCAAGUUCAACGGUCAGCAUUUGGGCACCCUCCGCAAAGGCAUGCUCAAGAAAUCCCAGAAAUAUAUGGCUCUGCUGAAGACAGUGACCAUUGUGGUGGGCACUUUCAUAGCCUGCUGGCUACCCCUCUUCCUGCUCCUCUUGCUAGAUGUUGCAUGCCAGGUCCAGGCCUGCAGUGUGCUAUACAAGGCAGACUAUUUCCUGGCCUUGGCUAUGAUUAACUCUCUUCUUAAUCCCAUCAUCUAUACCCUGACCAGUAAAGACAUGAGAAGGGCUAUCUUCAAGUUGCUCUGCUGCCUCCUGGUGGUCGCACCAGGUGCAGAGGAGAGCCGGGUCAAGCACUUUGGUUACCCCACACUGGAUGGCAGCACCAGCAAGUCUGAGCGUUCCUCACACCAGCAGGAGGGGCACAACAUGAGCUUGUCAGUUGGGAAUGGCAACCCUGCAGCCAUCAAGGUGUUGGUGCUAAAAGCUGCCCACUGA